AUGUCUCGGCAGUCACUCGUGACGGUCGAGGAGAUCAAGAAGCACAACUCACCAGACGACUGCUGGAUCGUGGUAGACGGUAAGGUAUGGGACAUUACUGACUUUGCGCCUGAGCAUCCUGGAGGUGGACAAAUCAUCUGGAAGCAUGCCGGGCGAGAUGCAACAACGUCCUACUCAGAGAUCCAUGCACCAUCUCUCCUACCAUCUACCCUCGGCCCUUCUAAAUUGAAAGGCACAGUAGACACGCAAACGAUAACAGACGAAUGGCAGAAGCCACCACCAAAGGCGACGUCAGAGCUCCAACUCCACGAGAAGCCACCACUUCACUCAUUGAUCAAUGCACAAGACUUCGAGGACGUAGCCGAGCGUACCAUAACGAAGAAGACAUGGGCUUUCUACUCGUCAGCGUCGACAGACUGCAUAACGCGGGACAAGAACAGAGAGUACUUCAGUAAGCUAUGGUUCAGACCACGAUUGCUGCGAAGCGUUGGCAAGGUUUCUACCAAGACCACCAUGUUGGGCCAUGAUAUUGGUGUCCCGUUCUUCGUCUCGCCUGCCGCCAUGGCGAAGAUGAUACAUCCUGAAGGCGAGAAGGACAUUGCCCGAGGUUGCGUCGAUGUACGCGUCCCGCAGUGCGUGUCCAACAACGCUAGUUUCCCAAUCCAUGAAAUAGUCCCUGCCGUGCCGAAGGAGAAACAACACCCUUUCUUCUUCCAAUUAUACGUCAAUCGUGAACGAGAGAAGUCAGAGGCUCUUCUUCGGCAUGUGGCGGCGCAAGAUGUGGACACUAUCUUCGUGACUGUAGAUGGUCCAGUGCAAGGCAAGCGAGAAGAGGACGAGCGUGUGAAGGUGGAGGACGGGUUGACUACUCCAAUGUCUGGGCAGAGCACGAAGAACGAUAGGCGAGGGGGCGGUAUUGGUCGAAUUAUGGGCAACUACAUCGAUCCAAACUUCACUUGGGAUGACUUUGCCUGGGCACGAAAGCACUGGAGGGGCAAGAUCGUAGUCAAGGGAAUCCAGUGCUGGCAGGAUGCGAAGAAGUGUGCUGAUCUCGGUAUGGAGGGUGUACUCCUGAGUAACCAUGGCGGCCGCAAUCUCGAUACCUCACCACCAGCCAUCAUCAUACUCCUCGAAUGCCAACGCAAUUGCCCAGAAAUCUUCAGCAAGCUCGAGAUCUUCGUAGAUGGUGGCAUCCGUCGUGGUGGCGAUAUCUUGAAGUGCCUAUGUUUGGGCGCUACCGCCGUGGGCAUGGGCCGACCUUUCCUCUACGCGGUGAACUAUGGCGAAGAGGGUGUACAGCACUUCAUCGACAUCGUGAAACAGGAACUUGAGAUUGCUAUGGCGCUUGUUGGUAUUACUGAUCUUAGCCAGUGCGAUGCGAAGUAUGUCAAUACAGCUGAGUUGGAUCCGAUCAUUGCUGUGGGAGAAGAGCAUCCUUAUGCUAGUGGGAAGAGACUUCGUGGACAGGGAAGAGAGAGGGCACGUUUGUAA